AUGGGGAAUGAAUUUGCAGAAGAAGAUGAUGAAAGUGAGGACGAUGAUGAUAAAAAAGAAAAGGAAGCGAAGAAAAUAGCCAAAUUGAUAAAGGAGUACAAAGAAAAAAAUAUAGAGAAUGCAAAAAAUGAUAAGUUGGACAGUGCUAAAAAAGGAGAUCAAAUGAGUAUUAAAGAUUGGUGGGACCAAGGAGAAUUACCGUUGGAAGAUGAAGUAAUGUCACUGUCUGAAAUGUCAACUCUCGGGAUUGCUGAUGAAAAGCUAGCAUUGCAUAGCCUCUCCAGCUCUCUAAUGGAUCGGGCUGAAUGGAUUAAAUGGUCUCCUUUUUCAUAA